AGUUUCGUAUGGUCACACCUCCAUGGGUGUCUCAGUUAUAUUCCAGUUAUAUUCCAGUUAUAUUCAGUUCACUGUGAUAAACACGUGUUUCUCAACAUUGGUUUGCUUUCUCAACGGAGAUUUUUUCUUGACCACCUUUUUUCCGAAAUGGCUUUCCUUGAGCAAAUCCGUUUCCGUGGAUCAUCAGAUAAACGUGGCUACUCAGUCGAUGGCAGAUUUUCGGAACGCUCCUCCAAGCCCGUGACAGUCAUGAAGUGUAUUACACUGGCAGAAAAUUUGGAACCUCGCUCAUUAAAAGACGAGACUAACUACUUUGGACGUCGUGGCGAAGCCAAGUAUUUUUUUGAAGAAGCUGCUAAAGAUAUUGAAAGAAAACUCAAGCGAAGUGAAAAAGACACAGAAAACGAAAACAUUCGCGAAAAUGUUGGCGAUCGAAGUGUCACGUUGGGUUCUGAUGAUUUGAUCUAUUCAAGUACAGACCGUGGUUUAUUUUCGUCAAUUUUGUUGGCUUAUAAUAAUCAUUGGAAACUGCGAACCUCUCCCGAAGAUUGGUGGUUUGUUGUCAUCAGAAACGUCGCCAUCGCCAUUGACGAACAUUCAAAACAUGAAAAAGUACGGAAGAUGUUUGUUGAACACAAAGGUAAGAAAACCUUGGACGUAAAAGUGAAUUCUAAUAAUAUCUAUGAUGUAAACUACUCUUCAUUUUUUGAUGCCAUGUCACAUGAAAUAUCAAAGAAUGUCAAAGUUCCUGGUUAUAUAUAUCUGAUAACUGCUGAUUUCUCAUCAAGCACACCAGUGCAAAAGAUUGUAUCGCAAAUCGCUUUGAUGUCUUCAUUACAGGAGUUCUUUACAUACAGAAUGCGUUUAAUGUGUGGCAUACCAGCUGUUGAAAUGCUUGGCACUGAGGAAGAUUGGAGGAAACUUAUUGGAAAACUAGAUGCACUCCAAAAUCUUCUUAAACCGAUUGAGCAUGAGUUGGGAAUACCACAAGAAUGGUGGAAACUGGCAGAAAAUAUAUUUAAAAAACUGCUGGCAACUUACUGUGGUGAACCUGAUUGCGAAUGGUGGUCAAAAAUUGUCAGCGAAGAAAACUUUGGUUCAGGAAAGCUGCGCUUUGCAGGAUGGAUCCCACGGUUCAUGGAAAAAACAGAAUAUUCUGUACAUAAAAAUAGUUUUACAAGUGGACUUGUCACGGUACCGCUAACUCUUUCACAUCCGUCAGGUUUAGCUGAUGAGGCUGCGUUAGUUGCUGGAUGUCUGGGUUAUAACAUUCACGAGAAUGAUGACAACAUACCAUCUGUACAGCCUUAUCAAGGAUGGUGUCUUAUGUUGCCAAAGAAUUCACCAUUUCGAGCCGAACACCAAUGAUUGAGCGAUUUUAAACAAUCUUGCUACGUUUUUGAGACAAAAUAAAUAAUCACUACUCUAUUAUUAUAGACAGCAGAAUGUAUGAAAAAACUGAUGUUAUUUAGUCGUUCUACCGACGUAAAAUAUGAAAAAUAAAUUAUUUUUGAAAAUGAACAGGUCGAAGGAGCAGGGGGGGAGAGGUCAACCACACACACACCCAGCAGGAUAAACGAUUUGUUCACUACUCCCAAACUGAAGAAAAUUUCCACUGUAUAUUUAAACGACAAUGGUUAGAGGAGCCUGUUAUUUCAGGUGAUUGCCUCUACAGAAGCUAGAAGCAAUAAGACCAAUAAAAAUUUGCUGGCGUCACCGAAAUCCUGACACGUUGAGGUUGCUCCACAAUCGAGAGGAACGUGAAUCCCCCGAAAGAACAGUACGCCUCUGGAAGUUAAAUCAUAAACCUAGUUUUAGAACAGAACAAAGUGAGAAUUGCCGAACUAAAAUAGAACCCUUUUGGUGCCAGUGGAAGUUACCUGACAGUUUUGACACGUCAACUCUUCAUACUCUUUCUUUGUAAUUUUUGUGUAGGAAAUUAAAUAGAAUUCAGAGUGAAGACGAAUACAAUGGAAUCGCUCAAAAUGACGUCUCCAAUGACCAGUUGCACAACCUACUAAAGGAGAGUCAACGAGCGAAAUUCAGAGAACACGAAGGUCGUAGAUUGAAUAAUGAUAAACAAGAUAUAUACCAUGCCUAAAACGCUUUUUUAAACAAGAGUAAUAAAUUAAAUGGUCAUGGUUUGAA